GGGACGGGGUGCGGCGGGACCCCCGGCGCCGCAGAUCCCCCUUCCCCUGCAGCGGGACCCCCAGGUUUAUAAUGGAACUUACCUCUUUGCCUAAAUUCCUUUGGACAAGUGACAACAAGCUUCUGCAUCACCAUUUUCCAGACAUACUGGCUACUGUUCAUACCACACAAGACAUCCCUGAAGAAGUUGUUUUUGGACCAUGCAUGCUCCAGAACACCCUGCUGGACACUGUAGCUUUCAUUGCUCUCAAGUGUUCUGACAGACGGAACGUCCACUAUGUAUUUAAGGUGGAUGUCACAUCUGUGCACAGUCCCACAGGCCUGCCUUGGAUGAGACUUGUACAAGCAGCUGCCCAUAGCAAGGAGCAGAACUUGGAAGCUUACUUGGAAAACAGUCAGUUAUACUAUCGCUCCACCAGGAAAAUCAGCAAAAAUGAGGAGCUGCUUGUCUGGUAUGAUGAGGAGCUUUCCAGCCUCUUGGGUUUCAAUGAGAUAAAAGCUCAGAGGCCCCAGAAUGAGUUGAGAUGCCAAGAGUGCGACCGAGUCUUUAAAUGUGAGCAUUCCUAUCUGUCCCAUGUCCGCUUCCUCUGUGUGCCAGAGAAGAGUGCUCUGCUAUGGAGAAACUUCCAGAACCCUAAAACUGAAAAGGGCAGCCUAGCUGAGCAGACCACGAAUUUCCACAGUCUGGCAAGGGACCUGGAAGUUAAAAUGGCAGCUUGUAAAGAUGAUGCACAUGGUGUUAUUGGAGAAAGGAGAGCGAAAUCUGAAGAGGCUGAGAGCAACAGGAGCAGGAAAACAGUGCUGUUGGAGAAAACCAAUAACUUGACUGAGGAGCGUAACUGUGGGGGCAAGGAAGAGGUUGGGGGAGAGAAUGCAUUGGAUGGUUCUUUCAGGAAGCUUAGUUCAGGGAGGCAGUCAGCUAGGAAGGAUGCUUUAGAGCAAAAGCAGAGUGCUUUCACUGAGGUCAGGAGGAUGAAAGAGAAGCUGAGGAAUGAGAGACUGCAGGAGCCAGAGCAGGAGGAUGGCAUGGCCCCACUUGGUAAGGAGCAGGUGUCAAAGGAAGUGUUGCUGAACUCCUCUGGUAGUGCUUUCUCCUUUGUUUGGCCCACCAGCGCUCGAGGAGAACAGAAGAGUGCUUUCAGCAAGCCCAGUAAGUGCAUAACAGAAAGAGCUGCAGUAAAUUCCUCUCAUCCCAUGAGUGAGUCAACAAAGAGCCUGGGGGAGCUGUCUGGCUUCAUUGCCACCGCAGACAUCAUGUGCUGCAGCAGUCUUCUCAAUUCCAAGUUCUUUGUCAGUGAUUUGUGUAAUGCUCAGAUGCUGCAGACAAGCAUCACUCGGAGCAGUGUUUUCCCAUAUACCUCAGAACCAUGGCUCAAGCAAGCAGGAGGACAACUACAAAACACCACCACCACUUCCUCCUCGUCCUCCUCUUCUUCUUCUUCCUUGACUCUUCUUCCCCCCACCUUCACCUCCUUUGGAGUGGCUGCCCAGAACUGGUGUGCCAAAUGCAACCUGUCCUUUCGCAUGACAUCUGAUUUAGUCUUCCACAUGCGGUCACAUCACAAGAAAGAAUACUCCUCAAGUGAAUCCCAGUGCAAGAGGAGGCGGGAGGAGAAGCUGACGUGUCCCAUUUGCCACGAGUACUUCCGAGAACGCCAUCAUUUAUCCCGGCACAUGACUUCUCAUAAUUAGAGCUGUGCAGGCAGAUGUCACCAAGGGACCCCGCAGGUUGGAUGAAGAAGGGAAUGAUAGUUCACUUAAAUCCAUUUCUUUUUGAGUUUACAUUAAUUUCUUUCAGGAAAUCACUGUUUACAAUAAUUUAUA